AUGAAAUUGCUCACGACAGCUUCCUUAACUGUUAAAAGAAGCACAGAAGCCUUCUUCUUGCCGUCUAGAGCCGGCAAGUCAGUAUUGAUAUUUCAAAAUAAUAAGUUCUGGGUGAAUAAUCAGUACCGCGAUAAGUUGAAUUGGGCAUGCCGAGAUAAGGAUGCCAAAGGGUGCCUAUGCAGAGUGCAAACAACGUUAUAUGGAAGGUUUAUUCGCAUUAAAGGUGGUCACAAUCACGAACCUAACUUCACACCAUACAACUUUGACGGGCCGUCGUCAGCUGAAAAGUAUUUCCAACGCGUACAAAAUGGUGUAAAGUCUGAGAAGGUACCAAGUAAUGUGGAUAAGGAUAGUAUCAAUAUAUUUUCAGUAUAUUGGGCAAAGUCAAAGCUGGGCAAUCCAUUGAUUGUGUUCAAUGGUGAGAGGUUUCGGCGUCGUGGUCCGGUUGUCAAUGGACGAUGCAACUGGUUGUGCAUUAAAUCUGACAAGGGAUGCAAAGCAAGGAUCACGACUGAAUAUAAUCACGUUCUUGCCGUUCAACACUCGCAUCAGUAUCAUAAUAUCAAAAUAUGUAACUCAACGCCAGCUGAGCCAACUCCAACAUUGGGCCUACCGUUUCCAUUUCCUUGCUUUCCGGGGCAGUUUCGAUAUUGUCUCAGUAAACGAGGAAAGCCUGCCAUAGAAGUUGGGGCGCAUAGAUUCUGUUUUAAUGGCCGUGCGGCGAGUGGAAAGGUGUGGUGGCGUUGCUCUAGAAACCCCCGAUGUCGGGCUGCGGUACAUACGUUUGGUUUGAGGGUUGUGCAGAUGAACAGUGCGCACACUUGCGGAGUACGCGCCACUCCACUUAGACCUAUGUUUUAA